AUGAAUAUUUCUUUUUGUCCAGCCAGAACCACGGCCAUUGGUAAUAAUUGGUCCUCAAUCCAGACAACUCAGUUGGCGAAACCUUUAGUAUUGGAUACAUCAAAUAUUAAAAUUGCCAGAUAUUAUGAGGGGAAGACAGACGAUGAAGAUGACGAGGAGGGCGAGGGUAAUGAUAAUGAUAAUGAGAAUCAAGAUAAAUUAGAGGGAAUACCAGAGGAGCCAAUAGAAACACAAGAAACAAGCGAUACCCCGCUGUCUGAAAGUGAGGAUGGAGACUCACCUUCACGGGAGGAAGAUAUAUCCAAGGAGGAAGGGAAUGAAGAUACAUAUGACUUAGAAGAACAACCUCGGUCUCCCGAAAGCGACAAGCCCCCAUCGACAACAGGUGAAUUGACUGACUCGAAGUUGAUAGAGUCGACCGCGACUCCAGAAGAAAGUCUAGCGAAUGAUAAUACAGAAGCAGUGCCGGAGCCAGAAUCGAAUGAUAGUCUAGAAAAUCCUUCCGAUCCUACUCCAAAUACAUCAGAUGACGUCCCCCCUUCCAUUCCAGACGCUCCACCAUCAGAAGACAAACGGGACGACAGAUAUGCACUUAGUAAAAUAGAAUCCUGUCAAUCGCAUCCGUCAAAUCAUUCAGUUCGUUUCGCCGACGACAUAGCGUCAACAAGUUCCAGAUCAAGAGACAAGAGGAGCAAGAGGAGCAGUAAGGAUAGAAAGCCACCUGUGCCCGAAGUUCCAAGCAAACCCGAGUCUUUAUUGAGUAAGAGAGUUAAAAGGAGCAGGGAAAGCUCACGGUCUACUGAAGAUGGACUACGAGGGGAGAAAAGGAAGGCAAAGGACAGGAAAGAGAAAGGCGACGCUAAGAAAAGUAGGAGCAAAGGAAGGGAUGCUUCUAAAAUGGCAUUAGUGUCAAUACUGAAACCUUCGGAAACGGCAAUACAUGAUGAGUCCAUACCAGCUGAAAAUAGUGGUGAUGAAGCAGUCCAGGAGCCACAGACAAUUCCAGAUCUUGUUCAGCCAGUAUCAGAUCCAGGCCCCCCACCCCUACCCGAAGAUAACCCAAGUGAGAAUAUAGAGGCCGAAGGAAUAGUACCAGUACAAGAGAACUUACCAACACAACUUGAAGAACAUCCAGACACCGAGGAGACACCAUCAACCAGUGAUGUACCAGCUUCAGAUGACGUAAAGGAAGAAGAGGGAAACGUUGCGAGCAUGCAAAACAAUCAAGCCGUCUCCGAGGAACAUGUAGCUACAGAAGAGGCGUCCACAACUGAUGUGCCAAUAGCAGAAGAUUCACAGGUGGGAGGUGGAGAGAUUCCGAGCACAGAAGACAAUCCCGAUGCCAUUGAGAAACCUCAUGUUGAUGAGGAAGUUCCUGUUACAAACGAAACGGUUGAAGUUGAUGAUGAUAAGCUCAUGACUGCAAAUGGGAUCGAGAUCAAUGCGGAAGAGCCCAACAGUGAGGUUGUUUCGGAAGCUGCAGUGGAAAGUCCUAUCGAUGACGAGGAGAGUUCUUUACCAGAUGAAAACGAUUCACAAGAUCCUGAAGUAACUGAAAAGAGCUCAAGCAGCGAAAAUAUUCCAACUGGUACCGAGGAGAUGUCAGCCCCUGGGGAAGAGGCCUUAGAACCUGUCGAAUCCACACCAACAACUGUCACCGGCGAAGAAGUUCCAAGCCCCCUGCAGACACCUACAAAAAUCGAUGAGCCUCAACCAGAGGAUAAUACUCACUCUAGUGAUGACCCGGCUAUUCUGGAAGAAAGUGCACAUAAUGAUGAGGAAGUACCACCUCCCUUCGAAGAUAUAUCCGGGGACAAAGUUGAAUCAAACUCCCAAGCCGAACUUGAUGCGAACGAGAAACCAAUCGAGGAAAAAUCUUCUGAAGAACCCGUUUCUGAAGAAGCCUCCGAUCCAAGCGAGCCAGUAUCCCUACCUGCCCAGGAGCCAGUAAUGAUCGAAAGUGAUGUUCAAGACGAGGAGAAAGAAGAAUUAGAUGACGCCAAUCAUGAGACUUUGGAUACUCCAGAAGAAGUUGUUCCAGACCAAACAGGCACAGAAGAUUCAAAAGAUGAGCCUAUUCAACCAACCGAAGCCGAAACGCCUAGUCCCGAAGAAGCUGGACCCGAGAGUGUUGAAAUUCUGGAAGAGGCAGAUAAUCAUACCGAUGAAGAAUCUAAGCCAAAAGAACCUUCUCCUCAGCCAACCGAGGACAACCAGGCGGAAACAGAGCCUAACAAUAUCGAUACCAAUAUUCUGACCCCUGAGGAUCCGACUGGGACUACCGAGACUAAUGAGCUGGCAGAUCACGUGGAAGACUCUAAUGUCGAGGAUGAUGUCACUCAGGAAUUAGCACAAUCAAGCGAUUCUGAUGACAGUCCAGCCAUUGAAAAAAAGGUUGCUGGAGAUUCUACCGAGGAGAGUUCUGAAAUCAGCCCAGAUACAGAAAGCGUUGAAACCAACGAUGACGUCCUAGAUAUUCCAGCUACAAUCGAAAAGUCACCUCAGAGCCAAGAAGAUGCUCUCGUUAACUCCGAAGCUCUGGAAUCUGAUGCAAAAGUCGAACAAUUGUCAAUCGAGAGCGAAAAUGUUCAACAAACUCCAGUCAAAGACGAAGCUUCGGAAGAGAGUCCUUCGGAUGAUUCACAAGCCGUAAUCGAGGGAGAUUCAACACCAGAAACUUCCGUGGCAGUUGAAGACAUGUCUACUGAUACGGGAGAAAGCAAUGAGAGUCCAGAAAACGAAGAAACGCCGAUGACAAUUGAUCAAACCUCCAACGAGACAGAAAGUGCUCCAGACUUACCGGAAUCUGAAGAAAGUCCAACAGAGAUUGAGGAAUGUCAAGAACCACAAGCGAAUGACGAUACGGUAAAACAACUCGAGAACGGCGCUGUACCGUCGGUGGUUCAGGAUGACUUGGAGCCGGAAAAUGUCUCAUUAGGAGAUGUUGAAGAUGUUCAUGAAUCAUCCGAGGAUGACGAGAUAGCAGAUUUACUCAUGCCUGAACAGGAUCCUGUAGUGAUUGAGGAGACAUCCAACCAUCCAGAAAACGUGCCGAUAGAAGAUGCUUUAGACAAGAUAGAAGCGAUCCAAGAAUCUCCAGAAGCCGGCCUAAUGCCUGAGGCUGACAAUGAAACCAUUCCUGUCAAUACAGAAAAUACUUCGGAACAACCAAGCGAGGAAUCACAAGUUGAAUCUGGAGAGGAACAGCUUUCCAAUGAAACUCAAGAAUUGCCAGCUAGCAAUGAACAGCAAAUGGAAAUCCAUCAAGAUCCUCCUCAAGAUCCGAAUGAAAGUCUCGCACAAACAACUCCAGAUAAUACCAAUCCCGAGCCAAUUGAAGAACCUCGAACCGAGCUUCCUUCUACCGAGCAUGAUGACGAAAUCGAGGUGAAAGAGUUAAAGGAAUCCGAUUCAAUCGAAUCGGAAAACGAGGCAUCAAGUUGGGAUGGCGAUUCAAAUGAUGAAGAUUCAGAAUCUGAUAACGAACACGAGGACGAAAACUCAUCUGUUACCGAGGAAAAUGGCCCUGAAACGGCAGGGAGUGAGGAGGAACAUUUGCAUGAGACGGAAGAAAUAAAUGCUCCGGUUCUCACCAACGAAUCAGAUGAAGUCCAUGUUCCUUCCUUGGAUAAUGCACCCAAAUCAUUGGACGGAGAGGCUGAUGUUCAACAUGAUGAAACAGCCAAUAUAGAUAAUACCAAUAAUCCUAUUCCUGGAGAGGAAUCCGUCGAGGACAUCCCCGAGUCCGUAGAGGAGAACAAUCAGCCAGCUGUAACAGCUACCGUUGGAGAUCCCGAUACUCCUGUUCACGAGGAAGAAUAUACCGAAGACCCGCAGGUACCCGUUGCGGACAACCUUUCCGAAACGGUGGUUGAGAAGGAUGAUGUUCAGCCAAGCGAAGAUAUCGAUAUUGCAGAAGUUCACGAACCCGAAAAAGAAGUUAUCGAAAAUACAGAGGCCCCUGCCAUUGAAAGUCUUCCCGAAUUAGUCAGUGAAGGAGAUAAAGAUAUCGAGAAAUCGGAUACCAACCCAUCCCCGGAAAUUGACAAUCCUACCCAAGAGUUAGGAGAAGACCCAGGAACACUCGUUAUCGAAGGUGAUACUCCCAAGGCAAUUGUCGAGGAAGAAGGACUAGUACACUCAGAAGAAGCAAUUCAUGAUGAGGAGACCGAAAUUCCAGUGCCCGAGGGUGAAUCUGACCAGAGCCCGGAUGCCCCUGCCAUGGAACCUUCCGAGCCAGUCAGCGAGGAACCCUCGGUUGAGAUCAUGGAAAAUGUCCCGUCCCAGGAGCCUGACAGCCCUGUUUCUGAGCAAGGGGCAACUGAGGUACCAGAAGUCUCCGUCAAUGAGGAAAAUGAGCCCGAACCAGUUGUCGAAGACAAAGAACCUAUUCAGCCCAAAGAAAGCGUCUCAAAUGAAGAUCACAACCCUCCAGUCCAUGAAGAACAGCCAGUUGAAGCGCAUGAAUCUCCUGCAGCCCCGGAAGAGGUAGAGAGCGAUGAUAUCACUGGUGAUGUUGCUGCUAUCACAGAAAACGAGACCCAAGCGAUCGAUGACCCCCAUCCACCCGUGGAAGAGGAUAAGCAGAUUAUUGAGAAUGUAGAAGCUCCAGUUGAACCAGAGUCUAUUCCCAUCGACGCUACACCUCUUGAGACAGUGGCAGAUAAAGAACCAUCAAUAGAAGCGCCCGAAGAGGAGGAAGCUCUAGAAAAAGAUGCUGAUCCCGAUUCAACACAUAUAGAGACUGUUCCAAUCGAAGAGCCUUUGACUGAAGAUCUUCCUACUGAGGAGCCCCUUGCUGAGAAUCCGCUUACUGAAGAGCCCGCUGCUGAGAAUCCUCAUACUGAAGAAUCUGCUACCGAUCCAAUCCAGGAAAAUCCAGCUGAACCAGAGCCUGAGCCCACACCAAGCGAGCCUAUUUCCGAUCCAGCCGAGGAAUCAGCUCCUUCAGAAUCUCCUAUAGAACCAGAAGCCAGUAAGUGUCCCGGAGGAUUUGAAUUCCUCUCAAACUGGGCUUUGGAUCCCCUACGCCGAGCUUCCCCAGAAAAUAACAAGCUUAUCGAUUUAUCUCCAGCAGCCAGCGAUCCCCCUUCAGAGCCUGUGGUUAUGGAAGAAAUUUCCCCUGAACCCGCCCCAGUUGAUAAUUUCGAGGAACCAGUGAUUGAAAGCAAUCCCGAGCCAGAGAGCGUUAAGACAGAAAGUCCUAUUGAACCCAGCCCAAUCAUAAAAACUCCCCAAGCACCUACCAAACCCAUUGAAAAUUUGGAGGAUGGGGAACAAGCACCACCUGGUACGUUAGAUCUUGGAGACCUUGGAUCCAUUCUCGUUUUGGGUCUAGAAUUUACAAUAGCCCAAUGUUUUAGAGAUAGUGUGGCCCAUUUCCAAUUUCCCCUUAAUCCUUCAGUCCCUGACGCUAAGUUUUAUGCAGAGUCUGAACCUACACAACUUGAUGUCGUUGAACCAACUGAGGAGAUUCAGGGCGAGGAACAGGCUGAGGUUGUUGAGACAACAAAUGAAGAUCCGGCAGCUCAAGAAUUAGUCGUUGAGCAAGCUGAAGAGGCUGUAGCUCAAGAACCAAUAGAAGAAUUGGCUGUUGAGCAAGUUGAAGAGGCUGUAGCUCAAGAACCAAUAGAAGAAGUACUGAUUGAGCAAGCUGGAGAGGUUGUGGUUCAAGAACCAAUUGAAGAAGAAGCUGUUGAGGAAGCUAAAGAGGUUACGGUUCAAGAGCCAAUCGAAGAAGUAACCUUUGGGCAGGCUGAAGAGGCUGUGGUUCAAGAACUUGCUGGGGAGCCAGCUACUGACCAACUCCCCGAUAAUACCACUAGCGAGGCGCCAAUACUCGAUUCAUCUACAGUUGAGACUGAAAAAGAGCCGGUUGUCCCGGAACCAACCAUCGAAGCACCGAUUGAAGAACCCGUCGUCGAAAGUGCCCAGGAAUCAGUGGAGGUAUCCAGUGAACCAGAUCUCGAACAAACCGUCGAAGAAGCCAGCGUUACACCGCCGAACGAAGAGCCCGUCGCCCUAGUGGCUGAACAGCCGAUUGAUGAGACAGUUGAUGCGGAAGCACUACCUUUAGAGGAGCCAGUGAUAGAGGGCGCUGUUGUGGAACAAACUACAGAAACCAAAGAGGCACCCGAGGACUCUGUCGAAGAUCUAUCGUCUGAUCCACCUGCGGCCCCAACAGUAGAAGAAGUCCCCGGGACUAAAGAAAUUCUACAGGAAGUCAUUGAGGAGUCCCCUGCUCCCUCAGAUCCCAUACAAGAGCAAAGCGAGUCUCCAAAGGAGGACAAGCCAAAGGAAGUCGAAGACUUUGAGGCUGUUGCCCUUGCUGGACUUGCAGGUGCAGCCGCAGGUGCAGCGGCGGCCAAGGCCUUGGACGACAAGGACAAUGACGAACCAAUAGCUGAUCAGCCUUUGGUAAAUGAGCCGGAACGCAUUAAAAAUCGAGAGGAUAAAGGAGCUGAGUCUCCCUCAAAAUCGGACAAAUUGGAUAAAGACAGACGCAGACACAGGAGCUCGAGGCACCACUCAUUCAGUAACCACAACUCAACCAAAUAUGGUGAAUAUCCACCUUCCAGCAGACCAGAAGAACAGCCAAGACGCCGAAGACAUUCUCACAGCCACAGAACCAGUGGCGCAACUAGUGAUAGAGAAGAGGAUAAAGAGAAUUAUCGUAGCCACAGAUCUAGUCAGAAGGAAGAUGAUAAAGAGAGACCAGAACGUUCUCAUCGCCGACGAUCUAGCCAUAGGGAAGAUGAGCCCGAGCGUUCUUAUCGACGUAGGUCUGGCCGUAAAGAAGAAAAGGAAGAUAAAGAGGAGCCAACCCGUGGUAUUUCUCCAGCAAAGCAAUCUCCAGAUCGUCGAGAUAGUGCUAUUGAGGGUGUGGACGAUGAACGUGAACGUCGCCGACGCCAUCGUAGAGACCGCAAUCGAGAGGAGCAGGAAGAGCACGACAGGAAAAAGGAGGAACGCCGAGCAGCUAAAAGAGAGGCAGCAAUCAAGGCCGAAGAAGCCUUCAGAGCAGAAGAAGCACGAAAAGCUGAGGAAGAGGCACGAAAAGCUGAGGAGGAGGAAAGAAAAGCUGAGGAGGCAUUGCAAAAGAAAAAAACUGAAUCCAUUCCGUUAUCCGCCGCUCCAAAGCGGUCAAGAUCACGAAGAGAAAGCAUUUCAAAGUCAUACUCAGUCACUCCGCAUGAAAGUGACGGUAUUCGAUCCCGACUUCUUAGUCUCAAGAAGCGUGUUCAAAGCGAAGUUACCAGUCCAUUUAUAGCAAACGACGAGCCACAUAUCAAGGAGAAGCUUACCCCCGUCACACGUCCCAGAAGAGACUCCAUUGUUGAUGAACCGGGCCUUCCUCAGUUCGAUGUUACACCAGAACGCCCGAAGAUGAGUUCUAAUACGAGAAAAUCAUCUCGAUCAUAUCCACAUCAAUCUCACUCGUCGUCUCGCAGAGAGUCUGAACGAACUCAUAGUUCUAGGAAAGAGCCAAGUCGAGGAGAUUCUACCAGGGAGAAGUAUAAUACGGAGGAGGAGAAGGAGGCAAGAAGGGCUCGCAGGGAGAUGAAAAGACAAGAAAAACUUGCCAAGGAAGAGGCGGAAGCAGAAAAUAGACUCCAAAGAGAGAAAGACGAUGAGUUGAGGCGUCAAAAUCGUGAGGAGAGACGAAGAAGGCGAGAAGAAAGAGAUAGUGAGGAACGCGAGGCCAAGGAGCGAGAGGUUAGGAAUCGAGAACUGGAGGAGAAAAGUGACAAAUCAUUGGAACCAUUCCCCGAAAAUGAUGUCGACAACGGAGAAUCGAAACCUAGCUCGAGGCCAGUCACUCGGGAAAGACGACCGACAAGACACCAUUCGAAUUCUUAUAGUUCACGAGGCUCUCGUCCAGAAGUACCCACAUCCCGAGGCUCUCGUACAUCGGAAAAGCCAGCGGAAAAACCAAAGAGUGCUUUCAAGAGCUUUAUGACAUUGGGGAAAAAGGUCUUUGCUUCGGAAAAGCAUUGA